GUGGCAGCUCACGGUAAGGUUCACAGGCGGAGUUACAAAUGUAGGCGCCUUUUUGCGCUGGUGAAGGAGCUCCUUUUGUUUUUAUUCCGUUCAUUUUUCAUAUCCAAUAUGGCUAUGCACGCUAAAGCAACGCCGCCUCAGAUCCCGGACACACGUCGGGAACUGACAGAACUGGUGAAGAGGAAACAAGAACUUGCGGAGACACUGGCAAACUUGGAGCGGCAGAUCUAUGCGUUUGAGGGGAGUUACCUGGAAGACACUCAGAUGUACGGGAACAUCAUCCGAGGAUGGGAUCGUUACCUCACCAACCAAAAAAACUCCAACAGCAAGAAUGACAGAAGAAACAGAAAGUUCAAAGAGGCGGAACGUCUUUUCAGUAAAUCGUCGGUCACUUCUGUUGCGGCUGUCAGUGCUUUAGGGGGGAUACAGGACCAGCUAAUUGAAAAACGUGAGCCGGGCAGCGGCACAGAGAGCGAUAACUCGCCCGACUUCCAGAACCAGGAGAACGAGCCGAGCCAGGAGGACACCGAGGACCCCGACGGAGCCCUGCAGGGGAUGAAGCCUCAGAAAGCGGCCUCCUCUUCCUCGGGUAGUCACCACGGAAGCCACAAGAAACGGAAAAACAAGAACCGGCACAGCCCGUCUGGCAUGUUUGAUUAUGACUUUGAAAUUGACCUGAAGAUGAACAAAAAACCGAGAACCGACUACUAGGCCACCUGACAACCUGUGAGACGACAAGAGAAGGGAUUCCACCCCAGGGGGGUUGGGGUUGGUGGAGGGGGUGGUGGUAGGAGGGGGGCGUGCUGGGCAUGGUUCAGCUCCGGCCAGCAGCACCCCUGUACAGGCACAAACUUCUCCGUUAGAAAAAUACUCAUCGAAAGUGCUUCACCGUCUGCCCCUCCACCCACCAAACCCAUUGACUCCCCUCAACCCCCCCCCCCCACAUAAGUGUGCUUUGUAUCUCAGAGCCUCCAUCCCAUAAUUCUCCUCCCUCCUCCCUCACCUCUUCAUUUGGUGUUUUAGAGAAGAAGCCGUGUCAUGUGUCGUAGUAAGUACUCUGGCUCGCUGCUAGGGGGCGCCAGACGUUAGGCCUGUUUGUUUCGCGCACGGAGUCGUUGCAUGCGUACCCUGUCACACAGCACGCAGAGUCGAUCGUUCCAUGUGAAUGUUAGCGUCCUCCGGUUCUCCCUUCGUUGUGACUCGCUAAUUGGAUUUUAAAGCAAGAUUCUUUACUUUUUUUAUUUUUUACUUUUACUUUUCCUUUUUUUAUUUGGUUGUGUAGUUCUGACUGUACACCUGAAUAGCUGUAUGAUUUUUUUUUUCCUUUUUUUGUAUUUUGUUUUCUAUGCGUGAAAAAAAAAUGUUCGACCUUUGUAAUAAAAAUGUAAUAAAAAAAGUAUAUGCAAAUAAAUAAAAAAAA